AAAAUUAAAACUCAAACUGGCCUCGUCUAUGCUGUAUUGGGCAAUGAAAGGGUACGAGAUCUUCAAACAUCUCCCCUACAACCUUUUUGCAAUCUCUCUCUCUCUAUUUAUCCCUCACUGAGUCGUAGGUUUUAGCUCGCCUUUGAAUACUUAGCAUACCAAAGCCUCCUUGUUGCCCACCAUUAUAUAUUUUAUUCACAAGGACUGAAAAAUUAAAAAAAAAAAAAAAAAAUCUUUCGCUUCUAUGGCCACCAUCCUUAAUUGUAGACUUCCAUGUUAAGACAUAAGAGAGUUAUCAAGAAUCUUUGCAUUAACUCUUACUCUUAUUCAGCUUAUUAAAGCUUUCUUCUUUCAUUCUCCAUUCAGGGAGAAAAAAAUGUGGGACUUGAAUGACUCUCCUGAUCAGAGAAGGGACGACGAAUCCCAGGGGUGUUCUUCACAGAAAACAUAUUUGGACGGUGAAGAUGACAAGGGAAAACGGGUCGGAUCUAUGUCUAAUUCAAGCUCCUCUGUUGUGGUAAUCGAGGAUGGAUCGGAAGUAGAUGGUAGUGGUGAGAGGAGUAGAAUCAAGAAACGUACUAGCAAGUUAUUCGGAUUCUCUGUCUCCCAUGAUGACUCCAUGGAAAAUGACCCACCUGUCACCCGGCAGUUCUUUCCGGUUGAGGACCAAGAAAUGGGGGGAAUAUCUGGUGGCAGCGGUAGUGGUAGUGGAGGAGGAGGAGGAGGUAGAGCAGGUUUUCCUCGGGCUCACUGGUGUGGAGUCAAGUUUUGCCAAUCGGAGUCAGUUGCUUCUCCGAAAUCCGUUGAAGUCUCACAACCUUUGAAGAAGAGCCGGCGAGGACCCCGGUCGAGAAGCUCUCAGUAUCGAGGUGUCACCUACUACCGGAGGACCGGCCGCUGGGAGUCUCAUAUAUGGGAUUGUGGGAAGCAAGUCUAUCUAGGUGGAUUUGACACUGCACAUGCAGCUGCUCGUGCAUAUGAUAGGGCAGCUCUCAAGUUCAGAGGAGUGGAAGCAGAUAUAAAUUUCGCCAUUGAAGACUAUGAGGAAGACUUAAAACAGAUGAGCAACCUUACUAAAGAAGAGUUUGUGCAUGUACUCCGCCGACAAAGCACUGGUUUUCCCAGAGGAAGCUCUAAAUAUAGAGGUGUGACUUUGCACAAAUGUGGAAGAUGGGAAGCUAGAAUGGGUCAAUUUUUAGGCAAAAAGUAUGUGUAUUUGGGUUUGUUUGAUACUGAGAUUGAAGCUGCAAGGGCUUAUGAUAAGGCUGCUAUUAAGUGCAAUGGCAAAGAGGCAGUGACCAACUUUGAUCCCAGCAUCUAUGCAAAUGAGCUUAAUUCUUCUGAAUAUGCAGAUCACAAUCUUGAUUUGAGUUUAGGCCAUUCGGGUUCCAUCCAGAACAGUGUAGGAUUAGAUCAGCAGUCAGCAUCGAUGCCAUUCGAAGCUGAUUGGCGAAAUCCUGGAAUUAGGACUAAGGCACAGGAAACCCGCAUUCAAUCUCCAGGAAGUGAAGCACAGAGAUUUGGACAACAUAGGAGACCUGGAGAAACCCAGUUGUUUCAUGGGAUUUCUCCAAACUAUCAAAUUCAGUUUCCAAGCUGCAGCAAUGGAGGCCGAAUUGGCAGUGAUCUUUCAUUAUAUCCAAGUGAUAACCACCCCCACCACCAUCUCCGCCAACAACAACAGCGACAAUGGCAAUCUGGACCUCCUCUUCCUCCUCCUAAUCAGUUGGUUGCAAAUGCUGCAGCAUCAUCAGGAUUCCCACAGCAAAUUAGGACUCCACAAAACUGGCUGCAGAAAAAUGGGUUCCACUCUAUAUUGAGACUCUCUUAACCCAGAUUCUUGAAAGUAUCCAUUCAAUUUUCUUCCUUACAAGAUCCAGAAAUGCUUUCCUUCUAAGCAGAUGUAAAGAACAAUGAAGGAGUGACCUUCCAAAGAAACCAAGGGAAAGAAAGAGACAGAGAAAGAAAAUUCCAAGCCUCUGGGAAAAUGUGGCUCCCCAGUCAAAACUAACAAAGGGACGAAAAUCUUUGAACUAUUUAAAUAUUCAUCCUGCUUUUCUGACUAGAAACUGCUACAAUUUCUUUCCUUUAUGCAAAUAAAUAAAAACAAAUAAAUUUUGAUGCUCUGCCGUCCAAUGGAGUAUUCAUUGCAG